UCUGACAGUUAAUAUCAUCACUAUGUUUGAGCAUCUUUUCAGAAACUUUUUUCAUUUUCUUUUCCUAAACGCCUUUGUUUCUGCAUCUUUCAAUAACUUAAAUAGAUAAGCAAUGAUUUUUGCAGAUCUUAUAUUCGACCAGAAACCUUUGUACUGGAAUACAAGAAUGACAAUAGCUGCUGGUGCAGCCAAAGGCUUGGAUUAUCUUCACAGUGAAGCCAAUCCUCCUGUUAUAUAUAGAGACUUAAAACCAUCUAACAUACUAUUAGGUGAGAGCUUCAACCCAAAACUCUCUGAUUUUGGGCUUGCAAAAUUUGGUCCAAGCGGAGAGAAAUCAUAUGUUUCCACCAGGAUAAUGGGAACCCAUGGAUACUGUGCCCCCGAGUACCUCGCUAGUGGAAAAUUGACCAUGAAGUCUGACGUUUUUAGUUUUGGGGUAGUCCUGUUGGAGCUGAUAACUGGACGCAAAGCUCUUGACGAUAACCGUGCUCUGUGAAGAACGAGUCCUAGUUGAUUGGGUAAUACUUCACAUAAUCUAGACUACC